AUGAUGACUGCCAAACAGUGGAAUUUCUUCGCUGUGGCAUUUCUAGGUUGGACUUGGGAUGCUGUUGAUUUCUUCACUGUAUCGCUUACUGCUACCGAUAUCGCUAAAACGUUUGAUAAAGAGGUGUCUGAGAUCACAUGGGGAAUCACUCUGGUGCUCAUGUUAAGAUCUGUUGGCGCCCUCAUUUUUGGUCUUGCCGGUGAUAAAUGGGGCCGUAAAUGGCCGUUCAUUGCCAAUCUGUUUUUGUUCAUUGUCUUGGAAAUCGGCACGGGAUUCGCCCAAACCUACAGCGGAUUCCUGGCAUGUCGAGCGCUCUUCGGCAUCGCCAUGGGCGGUCUGUAUGGUAACGCUGCGUAA